AGAUGGCAGCGCCCACGGAAUUUUGCACAUUUUGUAGGCUGGCCAGAUUUGGCCUUCUUGCUAGAUCCAUUGGGAGUAGAACCAUGGUAGAUCCAAAGAGGUGCAUUGUGCAAUACAGGACCAGCAUCAAUGUCCAUACAUCCAGGUGCUAUGUGAGUGAGGCAGCCAGGCAAAACGUAAUCCUCAUACCACAGUACUUGAAUCGGAGGUUAGACCAGAUUAAAAAAGCCAAGUCACAUGGAAAAAACUCAGUUCCUCUGGCCAGACCAGGUAGGAUUGUGAUUUCCUGUAAGAGAAAAGAGUUCAACCAUUACGGAGGUCAGACUCUGGGCAAGUUUGAUGUCCCACAACUGGCCUCUAAAGGCUGGAAACACAAGAAGUCUGUUGGAGACCACUUCACUAUAGUGGGUUAUACUAAGAACCCAGCCCUACUCCCAGUACCAGAUGAGGAGGACACAGACAAGGGCAAGUCUGUUGUUAGAGAGGGAGGGGACAGACCACUAACAACCUUUGGGGGUCUCCCUUUAGAUGAAGGUAUCUUGGAGGGACUCCAUGCCAUGAACAUGGUAGUACCUACAAAAAUCCAGGCAGCUGCCAUACCCGCCAUACUGAGUGGGAAGAAUGUGUUGUGUGCUGCAGAAACAGGUAGUGGUAAGACCCUGUGUUAUGUAGUUCCCCUUCUUCAAAGUCUCCUGCCUGUGGUGAGAGAGUCAGACGCAGACAUGACACAGAGGGAACAGGGACGCCCCCUAGCUGUUAUUGUGGUGCCUGCAAGGGAGCUGGCUGAGCAAGUCAUGACGGUGCUAACAACUUUCAACACUGCCCUGCUGAAACCUUUCAAAAUGCAGAUUGUAGUGGGAGGACAGGGAAUAGGAAACAUUAAGAAAAAACUGGGAAAACAGGUCGACAUUCUGGUCAUUACUCCGGGAAUGCUGAACAAGGCUCUCCAUAAGGGCUUCCUAGGAAUGGACUGGGUGCGGCAUCUUGUUUUAGAUGAAAUAGACACCCUUCUGGACGACAGCUUCUCAGACAUGACACUUGAAGCUAUAUCAUGCUGUCAGGUGAGAGUGUCUGAGGUGGGCGGGGUCGGGGACGGAACCCAGGUCAUCAUGGCGGGAGCGACCAUGCCCAAACGUACUGCCGAGAUCCUUGGGGAAAUUGUGCCUAUGGAGUCCUUGGCAACAGUGACAACCCCAGCCCUACACAGGGUCAUGCCUCACGUGUCACAGAAGUUCCUCCGGGUUAAGCCUAGCAGCAAGGCUGCUACAGUUCUGGAGCUUGUCAAACAGGAUGUGAACGUGAACUGUCCCGUCAUCGUCUUUUGCAAUACCUUCUCCACUGCUGAUUGGCUGUCGCACACGCUGAGGGAAAACAACAUCAACCACUCCAAGAUCACAGGCAAAUUGAGCGCAAGUGUGAGACUUGGUAUCUUCAAAGAAUUCCAGGAUGGCUUGACUGAUGUACUAGUGUGUACUGAUAUUGCCUCCAGAGGACUGGACACUGUUAGGGUUCAACACGUGAUAAACUUCGACUUCCCCGGGGUGGUGUCAGAUUACAUCCACAGGGUGGGGCGAGUGGGGAGGGUGGGCAGCAGAGUGGCAGGGAGGGUCACCAGUCUGGUGUGUCAGCCAUAUGAGGUGGACAUGCUCUGGAAGAUUGAGACGGCUGUGCGGAGACAGGCAGAGCUGAAGGGAGUAGAUGCCAACAUCACCAGGAAAAUAGCCAAGAGGUUCAUGGAUGAAUGGGACUUCCCUGAGGACUGAAAUAACACAGUUAUCAACAGAAAACACCAAAAUAUCAACCCCUUUACUAGUAUAGAAACGUCAAAUUCAUAAGUCAUAAUUUCUAUUCAGUUGAAACACUUAUUUUUCAUGUAGCUGGCAUCAUUGAUUGCAUUCAGGUACAAAUUUUGUACAUGAAAGACUGUGAUGUCAUUGUGCACAUGCAUCACCAUGAAGUGCUCCAACAAUCAUGAUUUUUUUUCUGGUAACAUUAAAGCUACUAGUAAAGUAUCAAACAUUGUUGCAAUGUUCUGUAUAUAGAAAACAAUAUGUGUGUGCUUGAAUUAUAUCUGCAAGAUUUAUGAAAUUACAAAUCCUUACAA